AUGGAGCCCGAGCCAAAGAUUUCAAUUUUUAAAGUAUCGCAGCAGCAGCAGGAAGAAAAAAAGCAGCAGCACCAGCAGAAGCAGCAGCAGCAGCCGCAGCGCGGGCUGCUUCUCAUUGGCCUCAGCGACGACGAGGAAGAAGACACAACAGCUCUUCUCAGGAAGCUGCAGAAGGCUCCGCAACAGCAGCAUGCGGCGGAGGAGAAGCAGCAGCAGCAACAGCAGCAGCAGCAGCAAGGAUUGCAAAAGGGGGAGAAGCAGCAGCACGGACCCCAGGAGGAACAGCAGCAGGCGAAGCAGCAGCAGCAGCAGCCCGAGCUGCAGAAGCAGGCAGUCCUUAGCGAUCUGGAGCUGCAAAUUCAGCAAAAAGAAGCGAGACUUCGUGCGCUGCAGCGCGAGCUGGAGAAGCGCGAAGAGUUGCUGCAGCAGCAGCAGCAGCGGCGGCGGCGAAGAGACGCAGCGGGGCUUAAAAAGCAGCGGCAGCGAAAUCUCAGCAGCAGCAGCAGCAGCAGCUCUGACAGCAGCAGUAAGCGGGGGAGCCGCCGCAAGCGCGUGAAGCGCAGCGCGAGCGCCGAGCGGCGGCGGCACAGCAGCAGCAGGCGCAGCAGCAGACGCAGCAGCAGUAGCGACUGCAGCAGCAGCGAGUGCAGCGAGGGGGCCCCCGACGCGGGCAGUAGCAGCUACAAGAGACAAACUGCCCAAGAUGAAGAAGUGGCAGCAAUUACUUUUUUGGGCUGUGGGGUGACAGCAGCAGAAACAGCAAGACUAGAAGCUAAGAUAAGAGAGCUUUCAACCAAAGUGGGGGGCUCUGCUGUGGGCCAGAGCAGCAGCGGGGCCGUGUGCCCUCGUGCUGCAGGCACGGGGGGCCCCCAGGCUGUGAGGGCCCCCGAGACAGCUGGGGAGUGGGACGCAAUUUGCUUCCUCGUGGUGCCUUCUGCUGCAGAUCCUCAGAAGCUCAAGACCCAGCCCAAGUUUCUGUGUGCGCUGCUGGCAGAGGUCUUCAUUGUCAAAGAAGCGGCUCUGGAUUUUAUCCUUCGCAGUUUCAGGGUCUGGCCGGAGCCCCACACCACCAUGGAGGCCAAACUAAACAAAGUCUUAGAAGAACAAGAGUACAGAGAAGGAGGCAUUCCUUCGCUGGUGAUGCGACAAGAGCUGGCAGAGGCGCGGCUGUUUGCUGGGCACGAAUUUUAUGUUUGCGGCAGCUCGAAGGAGGCGCAGCUAAUCCGCACGCUGGUGACUGUGGGAAAUGGCACUCUGGCCCGCAAAGGAGACAACGCGGACUAUGUUGUUAUUUGUGACGAGGCUUUGCCAGAGGCCCGCGCACUCAGGAGACGGCUGGCCCACCGAGACGAAGACCUCGUGGCUGCGACCCACGGGCAGAAGCACGCUUCCCUUGUGACGCCCAAGUUUCUGUACGACUGCAUCACCCGGUGGACCCUUACGAGGCCUUCGCGGCGAAACGGGCAU